GAUUGUCAAACGUCAAUUCAAUGUGCUUCCUUUUCCGUCCACCAUCUUUGUUUCUUUCGCUUGUCAGACUUGGCUGAUAAGAGGCCUCAAAAUGCAGUUGCACAUCAGAGGACAGUCGACGCACGUCUUAGACGUCAAUGGAGAGGAGACCAUUGGUCAAAUCAAGGAGCGUAUCCUCGCCCUUGCUGAGGUCGGUGCCGAGGAGGUGACCCUGUCCCUGUGCGGUGCCCCCGUGGAAGACUCCUGCCUGGUGUCAGAGCUCUCCUCCAAUGAACUGGACCUGACCAUCCCACUGCUCGGUGGUAAAGUGCACGGAUCCUUGGCUCGUGCCGGUAAGGUCAAAGGCCAGACCCCCAAGGUUGAGAAGCAACAAAAGAAGAAGAAGAAGACUGGCCGUGCUAAGCGUAGGAUCCAGUACAACAGACGAUUCGUGAAUGUUGUGCAGACCUUCGGCCGCAGACGUGGACCCAACUCCAACUCUUAGGUUUAUGUUUUGUAAAUAAAAUGCAAAUAUAACAUCUUUUUGCGCCAA